AUGACGUCCAUAGAGGAAAGCCAUAUUGGCCCUGGCGCAUCCCUGGAGAAGAAACACUCGGGUUUGUACGGUAAGGGUCGGCCUCUGAUGGUGACGGAAGAGGAGGCAUUCGCGCGAGCAAGAAAUAGCCCGGAAGAGGCAUUGCCACUGUGUAUAACCUUUUCUCACAACGAUCGCGAAAACCCACGAUGUUGGCCAAAAUGGCGGAAAUGGUAUAUCACUAUCAUGGUGAGCAUGCUCAAUGUUAUCACAACGUGGUGCGCAGGUAGCAUAUCGUCCGGCGCGCCCGCUAUCCAGUCGGAGUUUGGGGUAUCCGGAGAAGUCACUACAUUAUGCCUAUCGCUCUAUGUUCUGGGUUAUGCUGUCGGUCCCAUCCUCCUUGCCCCUCUAUCCGAAUACUUUGGCCGCCAACCUGUGUAUGUUGUAUCGUGGUUCCUCCUAUUUAUCUUUCAGCUUCCGAUUGCGCUCGCACCCAAUAUUGGGACGAUUAUCGUUUGCCGGUUUAUCGCCGGUUUUGCUGGCGGCGCCCCGUUGACCAACACUGGCGGAUCAAUCAGUGACCUAUGGGAGAGAAACACCAGUGGCGGACCAAUGGCUAUCUACGGCCUGAGCAGUACCUUCGGGCCACCUAUGGCACUCGUGGUCAGCGGGUAUAUGGCCCUUGAUCUCGGUUGGCGGUGGAUCUUCUGGAUCAUGAUGGCCAUUACCGGCGGAUGGUGGGUUCUACUUGUUCUCACAGUACCCGAGACGCGACACACGAUCAUUCUGCAGCGGAAAACUCAAAGAGUCCGGAAAUUGAUGCAGAAAGAGAACUUGAAAUCCGCUGAGACCAUCACCGAUGCCAGUGCGAGCGGGCGAAAGGGGCUGGACGAGCUGUUUAAGAUUACCCUCUCUCGUCCAUUUCGCUUCCUAUUCACUGAACCUAUUACAACAUUCUCGGCGAUUUACAAUGGCUUUCUCUACGGUCUGGUCUAUCUAUUUAACGAGGCCUUCCCGCUUGUGUUCGGUCCUGGGAAGGGCCACGGCUUCAACGUCGGCCAGCAAGGCCUCACCUUCCUCGGCAUGGCCAUCGGCCCGAUCAUCGCAUUCUGCUUCUAUCCCCUCCAAGAACGAUACUAUCUGCGUCGGGUCAAAGAGAACGACGGCAAGGGUGUCCCAGAAGCGCGCAUGUGGAUGGCCCGACUGGGUGCGAUAUUCAUUCCGAUUAGCCUUUUCUGGUUUGGAUGGACAAGCUACCAGUCGGUCCACUGGAUCGUGCCCAUCAUUGCCUCGGCCUUCUUUGGAGCUGGGAUCUACAUUGUCAUAUUGAGUAUCCUCAACUAUGUCGUCGAUAGCUAUCAGACCUAUUCCGCGUCGGCUUUGGCGGGCGUGAUCCUGGUCAGGAAUUUAGUUGGCGCUGGGUUUCCUCUCUUCGCAACGCAGAUGUACGAACGCCUGGGCUAUGAGUGGGCGUCCAGCUUGCUGGGCUUUUUGGCCAUCUUGUUGGUUCCGAUUCCUUUCAUCUUCUUCUACAUGGGGCGUGCUAUCCGGUUGAGGAGUCCGUGGGCGAGGGAGCAUUUUGAACAAAAUGAGGAUACUCCUCACUAG